GAACUAUGAAGUCCAACCUUGGAUUCAUAGAUUCAAAGGACACGUCUCCUUCUAAAUCCGGAAUCAUCUUUAUCAUUCUGAGAGGAGCCAGCAUUCUUACACGUGGUGGCCUAUAUUUGUUGAUCUUCGGAUUGAUAUAUGGUGAAGUAUCACUGUUCCAAGUUGACCACAUCAAUUUCAUGAAUUAAGCUACCUUUCUCUGUUGAAAAUCUUUCAUCGAGCUUCCCCUAAUCGUUUCAUUUCACGUCUUGUCUACUGUAUAAUCACAGCGAUCCCUUCUCAUCUUCAUCAUGGCAGUUCUCGUCACCGGCGGUACAGGCAAAACAUCUCUUCAAUUGGCCCGCCAUCUUCAAUCCGCCUCCAUUCCUUUCCUUCUCGCUUCUCGAAAAGCCCAAUUGACUGCUCCUGAUGGAAUGCACGCCGUCAACUUUGAUUACACAGAUCCAUCAACUUACCAGGCUAUCUUUUCCCAUUCCUUUCCACACGAGGAAGUCAUCAAAGUCGUGUAUCUAGUUGCUCCAGAAGUUCCAGACCCAGUUCCUGCCAUGAAUGCCUUUAUUGACGUCGCAGUCAAGAACGGUAUUGAUAGAUUCGUCUUAUUAAGUGGUAGUGACACAGAAAAGGGUGGAGAUGAUAAUGGGGGCGUUUGGCAGCAUUUGGAUGAUAUCCACGUCGAAUACUCGGUUUUGAGAGCGAGUUGGUUCAUGGAUAAUUUUAUCAACUACCCAUAUGUCCAGAGCAUCAAGAAAGAAAAUAAAUUCGUUUCCGCAAUGAGCGAUGGCCAAGCUCCAUUUGUAUCAGCGAGUGACAUUGCCAGAGUAGCAAUGGCUGCACUUACCAGCAAAAAUCCUCCAGACCACGACUACAGAGUUCUUGGCGCUGAAUUACUCAAUUAUGAUGAGAUUGCUGCAAAGUUGAGCAAAGUUCUUGGACGAACAAUCACCCACAUCAAAGUUACGGCUGAGGAGAUGAUACAGAGGCAUGUUAGUAUAGGAUUUCCUGAAGAUCUUGCAUGUUAUUUGACUUCGUUGGAAGUUAUGACUGCGAAUGGCGGGGAAGUGAGACAAAAUGAUGUGGUGGAGAGGAUUGGAGGCCACACACCUAAAACCUUUGAUGAGUUUGCGGAGGAGAAUAAAAAUCUCUGGAUGUAGGCCAAUCUCUCAUUGUCUGUUUGUCAAAAUGAGUGUCUAUUUAAUUUAUUGAUUAUGUGACCA